AUGGUGGAGCAAUUCAUCAACGACGAGCUUCACUCGAUCGUCGGCAUCUCCGAUCGUACAAUCUGUCAAUAUGUUCACGCACUCGCCAGAAAAUCCAAAAAUCCCUCGGAACUUCUGGAGAAAUUGCGAGAAGCUGGCGAUUUUCCCAUCAAUUCCGCAAUCCAAGAUUUCGCUGCAAGACUCAUGGAUAAAAUGCCUAAGCAGACAGUUGCUGCGAGAAAUCGGGGGCCAACUGCAGCAGAGCUCAGGGCUCAAGAAAUGAGCCGGCUUAAUAAUUCGGUUCAGGCUUUGGAGGAACCUGGGAGGUCUAGGAAUAUUAGAAGACGACAGGAGAGCUCAGGAAGUGAAGAUGAGGCCCCUAAAAAGGCCCAGGCCCAGGCCCAGGCCCAAGUUUCGGACUCAGAUGAAAGUGAUAUUGAGGCAAUUGAGGGAAAAUUGGAUGAAGAUAUAAAAGAACGUGAUGCUUUAGCUGCGCGACUUCGAAAAAAGGAUAAAGAAAAGACUAGAAAUAUCGCAGAGAAAAAACGAGAAUCAAAUAGAAAUGCCACGUCAUCAAUCGAUAAAAUUCGAGAAGAAUCUAGAAGACAAUAUUUGGCAAAACGAAAAGAUGAUAAGUUAGAAGAACUCAAGGCAAUUGUUGAUGAUGAUGAGACAUUGUUUCGAAAUGAGAAAUUGACGAAAAGAGAAAGACAGGAUAUGGAAUAUAGGAGGAAAGUAUUGGAAUAUGCGACGAAACAUGAAAAUGCACAGGAAAUUAUGAAGAUUAAAAGAUAUCAUGUGCCAUCGGGGGAUAAGGGAAUUCCGCAAAAUGUUGUGGAUGAACAGGAGACGGUGAGAAUGAUUGCUCAGAUUAGAAAUUAUUGAAAAAAUCUGGAAUUUUCACGAUUUGGGAGCUUGAUUUUUGAAAAAUUGAUCAAAAUCCCUCAUUUCUAAGCUAAUUUUUGUUAGAAUUGCAUUGCUCAGGUUAAAAAUGACAUUUUUCUACGAUUUCCAAGCUAAAAAUUUGAUUUUUGAUGAAUUUUGGGCUUAUCCUAUCAAAAUUGAUGAAAAUCAUUGAUUUUCAGCACAAAAAUGGGGGAAUUGAUUGCUCAGAUUUGGAAAUCCAGGGUUUUCUAUGAAAUUUCAUCGAAUUUGGCUUUUUCCCUCUGAAAUUGAUAAAAAUUGCAGGAUUUUGAACAAAAAAAUGAUUGAUUUUCAAGAAAUCAAACAUUUUUGAGCUGAACAAGGCAGGGAUUGCUCAGGUUAAAGAAUUCUGAUUUUCUCUUUGAAUAUUGACGAUUUUUAGCCUAUUUGAUUGCUCAGAUUAAUGAAAAUCCUGAAAUUUUCUACAAAUUUAAGUCAAAAAUCAAUUCCAAGUCCUUUUCUAAAAUAUCUAAUAAAAAUCUGAAAACUGGAAUUUUCAGCACAAAUUAUGGGACGAUUCAGUAACUAAUUUGUGCUGAAAUUCCAGCAUUUUUCAGAUUUUUAUUGGAAUUUCAGCGGAGAUGCGGAAGCUAUGCCCAAAUUUCGAGCGCGUUAGCGCGAGUGUAAACCGGAAGCUUCCGCGAAGCGGCACUUUCUUCCGCUUCAGCGGCCACGUGGAUUGCUAUGACGUGGAAAAUCUUCACUACUAUGGUUCCGCGUGGCCGCUAAAGCGGAAAAUAGUGCCGCUAACGCGGAAUUUUCCGGUCUACACUCGCUCCGCUCGAAAAACCCUUUCCAAGUCCAUUUCUGAAAUAUCUAAUAAAAAUCUGAAAACUGGAAUUUUCAGCACAAAUUAUGGGACGAUUUAGUAACUAUAAACUAGUUUCUGAAUCGUCCCAUAAUUUGUGCUGAAAAUUCCAGCAUUUUUCAGAUUUUUAUUGGAAUUUCAGCGGAGAUGCGGAAGCUAUGCCCAAAUUUCGAGCGCGUUAGCGCGAGUGUAAACCGGAAGCUUCCGCGAAGCGGCACUUUCUUCCGCUUCAGCGGCCACGUGGAUUGCUAUGACGUGGAAAAUCUUCACUACUAUGGUUCCGCGUGGCCGCUAAAGCGGAAAAUAGUGCCGCUAACGCGGAAUUUUCCGGUCUACACUCGCUCCGCUCGAAAAACCCUUUCCAAGUCCAUUUCUGAAAUAUCUAAUAAAAAUCUGAAAACUGGAAUUUUCAGCACAAAUUAUGGGACGAUUUAGUAACUAUAAACUAGUUUCUGAAUCGUCCCAUAAUUUGUGCUGAAAAAUUCCAGCAUUUUUCAGAUUUCUAUUGGAAUUUCAGCGGAGAUGCGGAAGCUAUGCCCAAAAUUUCAAUUUUCCCAGAAAACUUUACAUUUUCAGCCAGAAAAUCCCCAUUUUUUCAGAUUUAUCAUGGUGGAGAUGGUGCAAAAUGGGAACACGAACAAUUAUUAAAUGCAAUUGGAGCUGGCUCAAAAAAAGCACCAAAAACCGAGGAUUUCGAGCUACUUUUAGAUGAACAAAUCGAUUUUAUUCAAGCAAUUCAAAUGCCUGGAUCAAAUGAAGAAAUGGCUGAAAAAAAGGCGAAAAAUGAAUUUGAAGAGCGGAAAAAAACGAUUGAAGAAACGCGGAAAAGUUUGCCAGUUUAUGCAUUUCGAGAUGCAUUUAUUGAAGCGGUUAAAGAACAUCAAGUAUUGAUUAUUGAAGGAGAAACUGGAUCGGGAAAAACUACACAAUUACCACAAUAUUUGUAUGAAGCGGUAGGUUUUUGACCUAAAAUUCGUGAUUUUUGGUUAUUUUUGACCCGAAAUACUCUAAAAAUCACAAUUUUUGACCCGAAAACGUGAUUUUUUUCACUAAAAAUAGCAAAUGCGCUCUAUUCGCUCUUUACCCGUUUUGUUGAAAAAUUCAAAUUUUCAAUUUUUUUUCUUGGUGAAUUUUGAGCCGAAGUUUUAGAUUUUUCAUGAACAAAUGAGCUAGAAAGCUUAAAAGCUGGAAUUUUAAGCUGAAAAUCAUGAAAAAUUGUCAAUUUUGAGCCAAAAAUAGCAAAUGCGCUCUAUUGAACUCUUCCCGUUUCAUUAGAAAAUUCAAAUUUUCAUUUUUUUUUGUCCUGGUGAAUUUUUAGCCGGAAAAUCAUGCAUAUUUCUGAUUUUCAGCUAAAUUUCUAGAUUUUUGAUGAACAAAUGAGCUAGACAGCUUGAAACCUGGAAUUUUGAGCCAAAAAUAGCAAAUGUGCUCCAUUGAACUCUCCCCGUUUUUAUGGAAUAUUCAAAUUUUCAUUUUUUUUUCUUGGUGAUUUUUGGACCCGAAAUUAUGCAUUUUUUUCAGACAAAUUAGCCAGAAAGCUUAAAAUCUGUAAUUUUGAGCUGAAAAUCAUGAAAAAUGGUCAAUUUUGAGCGAAAAAUAGCAAAUGCGCUCUAUUGAACUAUCCCCGUUUUGAUGAAAAAUUCAAAAUUUCAAUUUUUUUUAUUAUAUUGCUCAUAUUAGUCCUAAAUAUUCCAGGGCUUCUGCUCGGACGGCAAACGUAUUGGGUGCACACAACCUCGUCGAGUUGCUGCAAUGUCAGUCGCUUCUCGAGUUGCUGAUGAAGUUGGCUGCAAAUUGGGAAGUAAAGUCGGUUAUUCGAUUCGAUUCGAAGAUUGUACAUCCGAAAAGACUGUGUUGAAAUAUAUGACUGAUGGAAUGCUUUUGAGAGAGUUUUUGAAUGAGCCGGAUUUGAGUAGUUAUAGGUAGGUAAAUGUAACCCGCAAGAUUCCGCGUCAGCGGCACUAUCUUCCGCUUUCAUACAUGUUUUUCUGCCUGGAUCGACCCCUACAGUUAGCGAGACCUCAAAUAAAAAUUUUCAAAGUUAGUGAGACCGUUAGUGUGGGGGGCAAAAGCCUCCCACACUAAAAAAAAAUUUUUUUUUUCGAAAAAAAUUGAAAAAUUUUGCAACACGUUUCCAGUAUGUGAACUCGAACCCUAUGGUAGCUACCAUUGGGUCCCUAACUCAGCGCUCUACCACUGCGCUAUGUGUGCCCACAUAACCCGCAUGCUGUUUUUCUCAUUUGAAUAGGAUGCGUUUGAGAGAUAGAAAAAACACAAACAGUAAAUUACAUUUUUGUAUUUUACAUUCAAUUAUUCAAAAAAAUAUAGAAGAAAAUCAUGGAUUGAAUUGUAAAUUGAAAUACGAAUUCUUUAGACCUUAUACAGUAUAAAAGCUUAUCUUCAAUGAAUAAAUACGAUAAAAUACUUUUUUCCAUUCGAAAAUGUUGAAAAUUGGUUAUUACCAGAAAACUCAAAACCUAGAAAAGUAUGUCAAAAUUAAUAUUUUCACUUGAAAAUUUGCACAGUGUGUCUAGAGGUCCUAUUGAGGUAUAUUGAACUAUGAAAUUGAUAAAUAAUGCUGCAUGGGGAAAAUAGUUGAGACCACUGGAUUUUAUCCAGGGUUACCCUGGAUUUUAUCCAGAAUUUUAUAUAAGUGCCCGGCGGUCUCAGUAGACCUCUCAGAAAGGGCAUUUAUUCUGGAUAAUAAUUAAGAAUAGACCUUGUGGCAUAACCUAGAACGAUUUUCAGAUGCUAAAAUCAAUUUUGGUUUAACACUUUAUGAUGAUAGAAGUGGUGUAUUGAUGAAAAAAGUAGAUUUUCGAUAGUUUUUGGGUCGGCGGUCUCAGUAGACUUCUUAGAAAGGGGUUUUAUUUUGCAUAAUGCCUUCGAGUAGACUUUGUGACAUAACCUGGAACGAUUUUCAGAUGCAAAAAUCAAUUUUCGUUAACACUUUAUGAUGUUAAGAGUGGUGUAUUGUUGAAAAAAGUAGAUUUUUGAUAGUUUUUGGUUCGGCGGUCUCACUAGAUCUUUCAGAAAAAGCAUUUAUUUUGGAUAAUGAGUAAGAUUGGACCUUGUGACAUAAUCUAGAGCAAUUUUGAAAUCGAAAAAUGAUUUCAUGUUCAAAACUUUAUGAUGAUAACUAAUUAAAACAAUUUUCAAAAAAAAAGUUAGUAGGACCUCAAAUUUUUUUCGGAGUUAGUAAGACCGCAACCCUGGAUAAAUCCAGGGGUAAAACAUGUAUGCACACUCUGAAAUAUCUGAUAAAAAUCUGAAAAACUGGAGAAAAUCUAGCAUUUUUCAGAUUUUUAUCGGAAUUUCAGCGAAGAUGCGGAAGCUAUGCCCAAAAUUCGAGCGGAGCGAGUGUAAACCGGAAGAUUCCGCGAAGCGGCACUAUCUUCCGCUUUAGCGUCCACGCCCGAGCCUUAUCUUUGAGAUUGGCCGCUAAAGCGGAAGAUAGUGCCGCUUCGCGGAAUUUUCCGGUCUACACUCGCUCCGCUCGAAAAAAAUUCCCAUGUCAAUUUCUGAAAUAUCUGAUAAAAAUCUGAAAACUGGAAUUUUCAGCACAAAUUAUGGGACGAUUUAGUAACUAUAAAUUAGUUUCUGAACCGUCCCAUAAAAUGUGCUGAAAAUUCCAGCAUUUUUCAGAUUUUUAUUGGAAUUUCAGCGGAGAUGCGGAAGCUAUGCCCAAAUUUCGAGCGGAGCGAGUGUAAACCGCAAGAUUCCGCGUCAGCGGCACUGUCUUCCGCUUCAGCGGCCACGUGGUUUACUAUGAUAUGGCAAACGUCAUUUUAAUCCGCGUGGCCGCUGCGCGGAAGCUUGCGGUUUACACUCGCGCUUAACGCGCUCGAGAAUUGCCGCUCUCGCGGAAGAUUGUGGCGCUUCGCGCAAGCUUCCGCUUCACAAUUUAUAAUUUUUAUUCAAAAACAUCACAUUGGCUGCCAGGCUACAGAUGACUCUAGAAUUUUGAAUUUUUCAACCGGAGAGCUUCGAAUUAGAUAAAUAACCAUUAUUAGAUGAGUUACAAUAAGUCGAAUCAUUUUUUUGAUGAAAAAAAUUGAAUUUUUCUUGCUUCGGCUGAAUUUUUAAAGGUUCAAAUUGUUCCCAAUGUCACGGCCACGUGGAAUUAUUGUUCUGCACUAUCUUCCGCUUCCUAAGCCCCCGCCUCAUUAGUUAUCCUAACUAUAUUUGUUCAUUUCCAGGAACUAAUUCCCCUGCCAGUCUACGCCAAUCUUCCCAGUGAUCUUCAAUCCAAAAUCUUCGAACCAACUCCUCCAAAUUCUCGAAAAGUAGUUUUGGCCACAAAUAUUGCUGAAACAAGUGUAACAAUUGAUGGAAUCAGUUAUGUAAUUGAUCCGGGUUUCUCAAAACAGAAUUCAUUUGAUGCAAGAAGUGGUGUGGAGCAUUUACAUGUUGUGACAAUUUCGAAAGCGGCUGCGAAUCAACGAGCUGGAAGAGCUGGUAGAACUGGACCUGGAAAAUGUUUUAGGUAAGGAUUUUUGGGUUUAGCAUGAAAUUUUGGGUCCGAAAGAUACCUUAUAAGCCUAAUCUGGGCUUAUUGGGCUAAAAAAGCCUAAAUUUUCGAAUUUCCCAUCAAAUUCCGGUUUUUAAGAUGUCCCAUAGGCCUUUUAGGCCUUAUAUCCUGCAUUUCUGGAUUUUUCAUCAAGUUUUGGUCCUAAAGAUACCUCAUAAGUCUGAACUAGGCUUAUUUGGGCUUCUUAGGCCAGAAAAGCCUAGAUUUUCGAAUUUUCCAUCAAAUUUCGGGUUUUAAGAUGUCCCAUAGGCCUUUUAGCCCUUAAAUCCUGAAUUUCUGGAUUUUUCACGAAAUUUUGGUCCUAAAGAUACCUCAUAAGCCUAAUUUUGGCCUGUUUUGGCUUUUUCGACCAGAAAAGUCUGGAUUUUCGAGUUUUUCAUGAAUUUUGGUUCCAAUGAUACAUUAUAAGCCUAAUUUAGGCCUGUUUUGGCUUCUUGGACCAGAAAAUCUUGGAUUUUCGAUUUUUCCAUUUAAUUUUGGCUCUAAUGAUACCUCAUAGGCCUAAUCUGGGCUUCUUGGGCCAGAAAAGCCUAGAUUUUUAAGUUUUUUUUAUGAAAUUUUGGUUCCAAUGAUACAUAAUGAGCCUAAUUUAGGCCUUUUCUGGCUUGUUAGGCCUAAAACCCUGAAUUUCUGGAUUUUUUAGCAAAUUUUGGUCCUAAAGAUACCUCAUAAGCCUAAUUUAGGCCUAUUCUUGCUUUUUGGACCAGAAAAUCUUGGAUUUUUGGAUUUUUCAUCAAGUUUUACCCCAAAAACCCCCGAAUUUUGAUGAAAAGCUAACAUGAGCAAUCGAAUUUUGAAUUUAAUAUGAGCAAUGCUCAUUUUUGAACGUGAUAUAAUAUGAGCAAUGUUUUUUUUGAUGAAAAUAAUGAUAAAAGCUAAUAGUGAAUCCAAAUAACAUGAGCAAUGCUCAAUUUUUAUCAAAUUUAGGCUUUUGACCUAUCUUUCUGACGUAAAUUUCAUAAGAAACUUGAAAAGUAACAUGAGCAAUCUUUUCUAAUGAAAAUUUACUAUGAAAUGUUUUUGAACCUGAACUAACAUGAGCAAUUCUCAAUUUUCAUCAAAUUUAGGCUUUUCCCCAUCUUUCUGACGUAAAUUUCUCAACAAAUUCGAAAAUUAACAUGAGCAAUCUUGAAAAUUUCCCAUUUUUCCAGAUUAUAUACAGCCUGGGCUUUCAAACAUGAAUUAGAAGAACAACCGAUUCCCGAAAUUCAACGAACAAAUCUUGGAAAUGUUGUAUUGAUGCUGAAAAGUUUGGGAAUUCACGAUUUGGUUCAUUUUGACUUUUUGGAUCCGCCACCGCAGGUAAUUUUUGGAUUUUUAGACCAUUUUUAACGGGUUUUUCAUGAAAAAUAACCCAAAAACCUUCAUUUUUCCCACAGGAAACCCUCGUAAUUGCAUUGGAGCAACUCUAUGCUCUUGGAGCUUUGAAUCAUCGAGGAGAGUUGACGAAACUCGGAAGAAGAAUGGCCGAAUUCCCGUGUGAUCCAUGUAUGAGUAAAAUGAUUAUUGCUAGUGAAAAGUGAGAUUUUUCGGGGGCUUUUUAGGCCUUUUCGGGCCAAUUUUAGGCUUUUUCAGGCCGUUUCAGGCCAAUUUUAGGCCUAAAAACCCCUCAAAACCACCCAUUUUCAGAUAUGAAUGUUCUGAAGAAAUUCUAACAAUUUGCGCAAUGUUAUCGUGUAAUGCUGCCGUAUUUUAUCGACCAAAAGCCAUGGUAAUCCACGCGGAUUCCGCGCGGAAAGGAUUUUGGAGUCCAGCCGGAGAUCAUAUCACAUUAAUGAAUGUUUAUAAUAAAUGGAAAGAAUCGGGUUAUUCGCAACAAUGGUGGGUUUUUUUUAGGGGAUUUGGAGCAUUUUGAGCACAAAUUUGGGGAAUUUUUAUGGAAAACUAGAAGAAUUGCAUUUUUCGGAGCAUUUUGAGCUCAAAUUUGAUGAAUUUCGUGAAUUUUGACCCGAAAACGUGAUUUUUUGUUCAAAAAUAGCAAAUGCGCCCCAUUGAACUAUCCCCUUUUUUGUUGAAAAAUUCAAAUUUUCAAUUUUUUAUUUUAUGAAUUUUAAGCUAAAAUAGUAUUUUUGGGCUCCAAAUGAUCGAAAUUUCAUGGAAAAUCCCAAAAUUCCUGAAAAAUGGUCAAUUUUGAGCCAAAAAUAGCAAAUGCGCUCUAUUGAACUCUCCCCGUUUUGUUGAAAAAUUCGAAUUUUCGUUUUUUUUAGUUUGAUUAAUUUUGACCUGAAUUUAGCAUUCCGGGGCUCAAAAUGAUCGGAAUUUCAUGGAAAAACCCAAAAAUCUUGAAAUGAGCUGAAAUUGGACCUGAAAUUCAUGAAAAAUGGUCAAUUUUGAGCCAAAAUCAGCAAAUGUGCUCUAUUGAACUGUCCCCGUUUUGUUAAAAAAUUCAAAUGUUUAAUUUUUCUAAUUUGAUGAAUUUUGACCAAAAAUUAGUAUUCCUGGGCUCAAAAUGAUUAGAAUUUCAUGGAAAAUCCCAAAAUUCAAGAAAAUUUAUCAUUUUUUGCCUCAAAAUCCCCAAAUUCCUCAUUUUAGGUGUAUGGAAAACUUUGUGCAACACCGUACAAUGAAAAGAGCCCGCGAUGUUCGAGAUCAACUUGUUGGACUAUUGGAAAGAGUCGAAAUUGAGCUGAAAACAUCGACGGAUACUGUAAAUAUUCGAAAAGCCAUCACUGCUGGCUAUUUUUAUAAUGUUUCGAAAUUGGAUAAUACUGGUCAGCAUUUUUCUGGGCAAAUAAGACAAAAAUUGGGAGAUUUGAUGGAUUUUGACCUGAAAAUCAAUAAAAAUGAUGAAUUUUGAGCCAAAAAUAGCAAACGCGCUCCAUUGAACUAUACCCGUUUUGAAGGAAAAUUCAAAUUUUUAUUUUUUUUGUCUGAUGAAUUUUGACCCAAAAUUGAUGGGAAAUGAUGAAUUUUAGCUCAAAAUUCAUGAAAAAUGAUGAUUUUCACUCAAAAAUUAAUUUCAGGUCACUAUAAAACGGUCAAACACAAGCACACCACCCACCCACAUCCAAAUUCGUGUUUAUUUGAAGAAACCCCGCGAUGGGUCGUCUAUUAUGAACUCGUUUUCACGAGCAAGGAAUUUAUGAGAGAGGUGAGUGGUUUUCUGGAGUUUUGACCCCAGAAACUGAAAAAUCUGAAAAUUUUGACCUAAAAUUGAUGUUUUCAUGAAUUUUUAGCCUAAAAUUCGGGAUUUUCGGGAAUUUUCAACCCAGAAGCCUGGAAAUUAUGAUUUUCAACCCGAUAAGUUCUAAAAUCUGAAAAUUUGAGCAGAAAUUCGAACUUUGCUAUAAAAUAUUCAAAUUUUCCCUCAAUUUCAAUUUUCCAAAUUUUUUGUUGUUGUUUUUCCGAUUUAUUUUUUCUCUCGAUUUAAUUCGAAUUUUCUUGCACUCCCCCACUUUAAAAUUAAUGAAAAUUUGCAAAAAUCUGCGUGUUUUCGACUUUUAGACAUCAGAAAUCGCUAUUUUUGAAUGGAAAAUUUGGGAAUUUUGAUAUAUUAUACCUAAAGAGUAUGAAAUCUGGGUUACUACCUUAAAAUUUUGGGAAAUUCGUCACCCUCAGUCGUUUUUUCCCACACCCAAACAUUUUCUCAUGUUUUCCCCUUUGAAAAAUGUCUGGCGGCCCACCGGAAACAACAAAAAGUGCACAAAAAUUCAAAUAAUAAAAUUAAUCGACCACAAAAAUUUGUGGGUGUUUUUCUGGAAAUUGGGAAUUUCCAGACGGGACCUGCACUUUUUUCUUUUUGUUUUAUUCAAUUUUUCUUUGUUUUUUUGGCUAUUUCAAGAGAAAUGUAGGUUUUUCUGUAUUUUUAUCAUUUUUUUCAGAAUUCUAAAUAAUAGACGGCAUAAGGAAUCGAACCUUGGUCUUGUUCCUGGAAAUUCAGCGCGAUACCACUUGACCACAUGGUUUUCAAGUCAUUUCCACACAUUUUUAGAAAUUUUACCAGGAAAUGUAGGUUUUUUUGUAAUUUUAUCCAAACUUUCCAUUGUUUCAGACACUUUUCAAGCUUCUUUUAAGAAAAUCUACGGGUUUCUUGUAUUUCGAAAAUUUUGAGACAUUUUUCAGCUUCCCAAGUGUUUUUCAUGUUUUUUUUCUAUUUUCCAGGUUUUUCAGAAUAACAAUUAGUUGGAGAUUUUUCAAUUUCAAAAAAAAGAGGGAAUUAAUGGAGUGACUAAUUUGUUGUUGUUUUUUGUGAAACGAAAUAAAUUUGUUUGAACUGCGGAAUUUUUUGUUGCAAAGAAAAAUAUUUGAUGGGGCUAUUCAUGUUAUUUUUCAACGCUGAGAAAACGGGAGAAAAGCGGAGAAAACCUAUUCAGGUAGGCUGAGAAAAUACGAAAAAAGCGGAGAAAAUCUAUUUCCUCCGCAUUUCUCCUGUUUUCUCAACAUGCUGAGAAAAUACAUGAAUAGCCCCAUGAAAAAUAAAUUUGAGAUUUGAAUAAAGCUUCACUACUGAACAUUUUGAAAUUAUUGGAUUUUCGAGAUUUUUCAGUGAAAUAAUGAUUUCAUUUAGAAUUUUUGACUCUGAUGUAGAUUUUUCUGUUCAAAAACUAGAUUCAGAAAUCCGCAACUCAUAGAUCCGCUAUUAUCCUGUGAACUUUCAGCUCCCUUUCGAAAAAUCUGAAAUUUCCAGUUUUAGUCCAAGUCCCUCACAUAUUUUCGAAAUUAGCUCAAGAUUUUCUAGUUUAACAACUUCAACUAGACAUUUUUCAACCUUUUCUCCUAGUUUGGCUAAUUUUCUAGGCUUUUUAUUGUUUUUUAGACUUUCUAGAGCAAAGUUUAGGGAAAAAAACUACCCAAAAUGUAUCAUUCAGAAAAAAAAAUAAAAAAACGUGACGCUUGAAACAUUUGUUUCAAGUUUUCUGAGAAUUUCAAUUAUCCAUUUUAAAAUUCAUGGAAAUUUUCCGAACUUUUGAGCUUUCCAAAUAAAAUCCCCUUUAAAAAUCACAGAUUAAUCAUCAUUUCCUUUUGCAAAUCCCAAUCCCACACACAUUUUUUCUUCCUUUAUUCUUUUGAAAAAAUUUAGCAGAACUAUAUUAUUUUCGGAGUUUUUUGUGCUCUGCUCAUCCAAAAAUAAUAUUUGUAUCUAGAUCCAAAAAUGCACAUAGUUCUAGUAGUUGCUGUAAAUUGAAUUUGGUCAAGUCAAAAAGAGGAGCAAAAAUGAUGAGGAAAUGACAAAUUUUCUUUGAUUCUUUGCAAGUUGAUUUGAUUUUGUGAGAAGUUUUUAGUGGGCAGGAAAUGAUGAGAGAAAAUUUUAUCUGAAAAUCUGAAAUUCUUCAAAUAAGCUGGAAUUUUCUAAUUGUGAGAAAACUAUACGAAAAAUUACUGAAAUUUUGGGAAAUUUUAUGAAAAUUUGGAUAAUUGCUUUGAUAACUAUGAGAAAAUCUGGAUUUCCAGGGAAUUUUGUUUCGGAAACAAAAAAACAAGAAUUAUUAGAAUUUCAAAAAAUUUCACAAAAUUUCGUCAUAAAAACUACGGAACCCCCAAAACCAGUUAAAAAUCCAAAUAUUUCACUAAAAAUUAGUUAUUUUGACCAAAAACCCAUCCCCUUUCAAUUUUCAGUUAGACGAAUUCAAAAAACAACUGAAAUUGACAGAAUUAUUCUGUGUUCCUCUGAAAAUUGAGAAUUUCAGAUCUCUUAUAGUACAAAACCAUAUAUAUUUUUAUUUUCAGUCUGAAAUUAAAAUUAAAAUUUGGCGUGGGAAUUCCCAAGUGUUUUUUUAUUUCAAAGUUCACCUUUUCUAAAAACCGGAAAUAAUUUUCUAACAAAAAAAUGAAAAUUUAAAGAACUCUGUGAUGUUUAGCCUUUUUCUCGAACCAAACAACAAAAAAGUUGCAGUUUUUUUUCAAAUGAAUAAAUGUUGAUUGGCUCAAUUUUCAUAUGAAAAAAAACCAGGAAGAUUAUUGAAUGACACAAAAUUGACAUAUGGGGGAAAAUAAUGAAAAAAAUAUGAGAAUAAUAAAAUUAGUAGUAUUUUUCAUGGGCUUUUUUUCAGUGCAUGGAAAAUAAGGGAAUUUAAUUAGGAACACUGGACAUUUUUUGAGAGGGGAGGAUUUGAAGAAAAAUUUGGAUUUUUGUAGAACAAGUAGCCUAAAUAUAAAAAAAAUCUGAAAUUUUGGGUACUUAUCUAAACUGAAUAAGAUCACUAAACAUUUUUCAUUAAUUUGAAAAGUUUCGAAAUUUUUAGAAAAUUAAUCUGAAAAUGUGAGGAUCACUAGACAGCAAAAUUUUGAAAUUUUACGAAAAAUCGGAGAAACUCUAUUGAAAAUCAAUAAAGAUUGAAAAAUUCAGUUAAGAAUCUGAAAUUUUGUGAGAACUUAUCCAAACUCUAAAAAAUUCGGAAUAAACUUAAAAAUUUUUUAAAUUUCUAGCUGUAAAUUCAGCUCUAGUUUUCAAAGAAAUUUCAAAAACCCCCUGAAAUUUGUGGCUGAAAAUCCCAUACAUAAAAUAUUUUUAUGCAAAUUUCCAACCAUAGAAACUAAAUAUUUUAGAGAAUAUUUUAAUUUUGUAUUCAAUCAACAUUUCCAGAUGUCUGAAAUCGAAUCAAGUUGGUUGCUGGAAGUGGCUCCACAUUAUUACAAAGGCCGUGAGCUCGAAGAUAGUACCAACAAAAAAAUGCCGAAACAACGCGGAAAAUCCGCAAAAGAUUUGGAAAGAUAG